AUGAAUGGAUCAAUUAUAAAUCAACUGGAUAAUAAAGGCAGUCUUAUUGAUCGUCUUAAUGGGUUAAUCACAGCUACAUUGACAUCAAAAUCGUUCAGUCAAGCUCAACGUUUAGAACUAAUAAAAUUAUUCCAAAUCACCAUGAAUAUGAUCUCAAACAAAGAACAGAAAUAUCCUAAUAAAAGAUUACCUUCUAAUUUGAUGAUGCAAUAUACUAAAUUAAUUGAUAGUUUUCAAAAUUUAAUCAAUGCUGAUCGAACCAGUCAACUACUGAAGAAUAAUUUGACAUUAUUAUCUAAGACUACUUCUGCUCCUCCUCCGCCUCCUACAUCCACCCCUUCCCGUACAAAUGUCACCUCCACGAAUAGAAAAUAUGGAAUUUUUCAAGAUCGAGUAUCUAAUAUAUCAACUCCAUCAAUUUCUACAAAUUCAGUUUCAGAUGCUGAUCCACAAACUGUGCGAGCUGGAAGUAUCAGCACUCAACAACAAUUGUAUGAACAAGCAGAAGAAGAGGAAGCGGUCUUACAAGAAGACCAAUCACGAGAAGAAGAGCCAGAGAAUAAGGCACAAGACAGUGGGAGUGAGUUUGACGAGGAAGAAGAAGAAGAUGAUGAUGAAAGUUGUGAAAUUUAUAAUAGUACUUCAUUACUGCUUCCUAUACCUCAUAGUCAUUCAUUUUCUAUAGGAUUUCCAGAUAGCAGACUUAAUGGACCAAAUUACCAUGCUCGUUUAAUGAAACAUAAUCGACUAGAUAGUUUAUAUUCAUUACCAUAG